AUGUAAUCAAUUUGUCAAUAAUUGCUCACUAUUUUUACAUUUUGUCUUAUUUUUACAAAUAAAAUUUAAUCUCAAAUCAAGAAUGUAUUAAAGUUUAAUAAUUAAUUUAUUAAACUAUCAAAUAUGGCUACGUCACAAGAGAAUAUCGUUAUAGAUAGUAGUCAAUAUACACCAGUUUAUUUGAUACAAAAUCCUGGCGCCAUACAGGGGAGAUCGUAUGUUGUAACACAAAAUGCCGUCGAAGAACAAAUUCCCGUUAGCGAUAACCUAAAAACAUUUUACGAGAAUAGUGGUAUAUUAGAAAAUAACAUAGUAAAUAAUGUUGCAAAUGUUUCUAAACCUCGAAUUCUGAAAAAACAAGAUAACAAAGUCGGUAAUAACUUGAAGUUGGCAAGUUUUUUAUUGCCUAAAAAUGUCCAAACAAACAAACAAUAUGUUCCAAUCAACAAUUUAGUGUUGAAACCGGUCACGACUAGUCCUACCGUUGUUACUACAGUCGUAAACACAGUGCCGAAGGUGACAGUCGAGAGAAAAAUAGUUAAAAUGAAGAACUUACCAAAUGUACUUAAGCCCCGACAGGAAAGGACAUUGUCAAAGAUAAAACCUAAGGAAAAUGUACAUUCCAGCACACGCAGCCCAUCUCCAUCUAAACACACAUCAGUGCAGCUACUGAAAUUAGGAGAAACAUAUCACAGUCUCAAUGAAUUGAAUGAUGCACAAAUGAAGAUGGUCAACCAAGCACUAAAGAUAUUUAGUGAUCCUGAAAAAAUACCAGUGGAACCAACCUAUGAUCCAGUGACUAAUACACGUUUUAUAUACAAAGUUGUAUCACCAAGAGACUUAACAGUGGUUGGCAAGAACAAAUUUGUAAUUAAAAAUAAGAAAGAGGAAAUCAAGAAAGAAAUUAAAAAAGUACAAAAGAUUGUUACCACAGAACCUGAGAUGGAAGUACAAUUACCAACACUGAAGCAAGAGCCAGAGGAGCUAGAAACUCCUGUGGAAACCAAAGUUACAAGAAGUGGCAGAAAAGUAAAAUUUCCAAAACAAAUAGUGCCUGAAGAUGCACCACAUAAACCGAGAAAAAAGAGUGGGACUGUUGUAUCUUGCUUCCAGUGUUCUACGGAAUUCUGCAGUUUAUAUCGACUACAAAAACAUUAUGAAAACCAUCCAACACACAUACCUGCUAAAAUUCACUCGAACCUGUUCCACUGUCUAUUGGCCAUCAUCAAGAGUGGUUCUGAAGAAGAUCAAGCAAAUAUAUUUCUGCAACAGUUAGAGCAACUAAUAGAGAAAAUCAAGUCGCUACUACCCUGUUUGCUUAAGAAAAUUGAUGGAUGUGAAGGGAAAUUGUGUACAGUUAAUGACGAUAUUGGCAAGUUAUUUGGUAUGAACCCUGGAAAAUAUAACUUUACUAUGGACGCACUUACUUGUAUCAAAGACAAAGAUGGAUAUUGCAGACACAAUCCGCCUCCUAAAACGAAUCAGUUCAAUGCAGACCUGAGCAAGCCCUCACAACUCUGGCUCUCAAAACACAAUAAAGAAAUCGCUAACACAGAAAAUGAUAUAGGAGAUUGUGCAAGGAUAAAUGCAGUUGAUAAAUGGCCGACAGCUAGCAAGCGGAUUUGGAAAUUGAAACAACAGAAAUCACAGGAAUUAAAAGCAAAAAGGAUUAGAAUCUCUUCAGAGAGUGAUUCAGUUAUCGAGCUAGGAGUGGAAGAUCUCAUAAAUUUUAAUGCACCAAAUGAACAAAGUGCAAUAAACAUGUCCCCUAAAUCUAUUAAUGUACUAGAUAAUAAUAGUAUAAGUAAUGAUAAAAAUAAUGAUGAAAUAAUCACACAAGAGUCUAAUACUGUAAUAGCAAAUCCGAUAAAACAUAAAAAAGGACCACACACACAGUUUCACAGUACACAUUUCGAUAUUCGAUCAUCACCUAUAAAGACUUCUGCAACUCUAGUUAAUAAAAUUAAAAUUGACCCUGAAAAAAUUGCACAAUACAGUAGAGUUCAAAUGAUACGACCACUAGAUUUAGAUAAGGGCCAAAAUAGUGCAACACAACCUCAAGAGAUUGCUACACAACCAAAUUCAGAUGACAAUUGUGACCUCCAGGAACUAUUGAGAGAAAGUCUUAUAGAGUUGACAUGUAAAGAACCAGUUGUGACUAAUGAUAUAAAUUUCCAUACAACCAAAAAUUGGGACAUGAAUUCCUCAGUUGACAAAACAGAUAAUUAUAUGAAAACAAACAGCUUGAUAGAACCGAGCUUAAUACACGUCAAAGACAACGACCAGUUGGACAAAUUACCUCUGAAUAAUAUUAACCAAAGUGAUCAUUUGUCGUCUAGUGACAAUCGGUUGCAGACUGAUCAAGGUCAAUCAGUAUUGAACUUUUUGGAGUCUUUAGGUAAUGAGUGCCUAGCGUACCCUGAGACUGAUAUUAGAAAUAAUACUGUUGAUUUUCAGUUAGAUUUAUUUUCAUUUCAUAAUUCAUAGGAAAUAAAAUGAAUGUAUUUAAUUAUAUACAUGUAUAUAUUGAAUACAAUUUUUAAUUAGAGCAAAAUAUACUUAAGAUUUAUAGAAGAUACCA